CUUCAAUCAUUUUCUUAAGCGAAAGAAAAAGACCAAAAAAAAAUAAACAACUAAGGAGAGUUACACAUAAGAACACAAGAACGACAAAUAACACUGGCUAGUGGCUGUUCCUCUUUCGACUCGGUCUUUCGAACCCGAAAGACUCGUUCAUAUUAGAAAUAACGGUUUCAAGUUUUCUUCGGAUUUUGUUCUUGAGCUGACUUCAACUUUGCCGUGUCCUCUCUUCUGUUUUUUUUCAACCAAAAUGCCUUCACUCAAGUUUACUUGAAUUGAGUCUUCUCUGGAACCUUUUUUCCGAUCAAACUAGAGUCUUAACCCUCAGUUCUCAAGAAAGGGGGCUGGUAAUCUCGAGUUCCGCCGGGAGAUAAGUAAAACUUGACUAGGGAUUGUUCUAUCCAUAAUUCAAAUUCGGGUUUUCGUGAAGUACGAUUCAACAUUAACUGAAGAUCAUUAACUACUCCAGACCAACUACUUGCCUACAACAACCACCGAGCUUGGUCGCAAUAGUGCGGUUUGAAUCAGGUUGCAAUGAAUUGUUUUCCAUUCAACAUCUACUACGGAGAAAAGAAAGGUGAUGCUAAGAGCUUGCAGACACUAUCGGGUCUGUCGAACAACUCUACUUAUGGCGGGAGUGAUGUGAGAAGAACUGGUUCAGAAUUAAAUUCUCUCGAUGCGUCAUCAGACAAUAGCUCAGACUCCCUCCGGAGGAACGCGUUUCCCAAUUUGUCCCAACGACCUAGCAACCUGAGAGUAUUUACUGUAUCUGAACUGAAGUCAGCCACCAAGAAUUUUGGUCGCUCUGUUAUGCUUGGUGAAGGCGGAUUUGGGUGUGUCUACAAGGGAUUGAUUAAGAGUUUAGAUGACCCUCCUAGUAAAAUUGAAGUUGCAGUUAAACAACUUGGUAAAAGAGGAAUUCAGGGGCAUAAAGAAUGGGUAACUGAAGUAAAUGUUCUAGGCAUUGUUGAGCAUCCCAAUCUUGUGAAACUAGUGGGAUAUUGUGCUGAUGAUGAUGAAAGGGGAAUCCAGCGGCUUUUGAUUUAUCAAUAUAUGCCCAAUGGAAGCGUGGAACACCAUUUAUCCCCACGAUCAGAAACUCCUCUCCCAUGGAGUAGGAGACUGAAAAUAGCCCAAGAUGCUGCUCGCGGCUUAACAUACCUGCACGAGGAAAUGGAUUUUCAGAUAAUUUUCAGAGAUUUCAAAUCUUCAAAUAUCCUUCUGGACGAGCAGUGGAAUGCAAAGCUUUCAGAUUUUGGAUUAGCAAGAUUGGGACCAUCUGAUGGGUUAACUCACGUCUCAACAGCGGUUGUUGGAACAAUGGGCUAUGCAGCUCCCGAAUAUAUUCAAACAGGACGUCUUACUUCAAAGAUUGACGUAUGGAGCUACGGUGUCUUCCUUUAUGAACUCAUUACUGGCAGGCGUCCUUUAGAUCGAAAUCGCCCCAAGAGUGAGCAGAAGUUGUUGGACUGGAUAAGACCAUACCUUUCAGAUGUGAAGAAAUUUCAAAUAAUUUUGGAUCCAAGACUUGAGAGGAAACACCUCUCAAAGUCGGCCCAAAAACUUGCUUUAGUAGCUAACAGAUGCUUGGUCAGAAACCCAAAGAAUCGCCCGAAGAUGAGUGAAGUAUUAGAAAUGGUGGAUCAGAUCGUGGAGUUUUCGGGAAGUACUAAUCCACAACCACCCAUGAAUAGUGUAGCCUCAGCCGAUGAUUCUCAAAACAAUGAAAUCAAGAACAAGAAGAGGAUCAUGGAUCCAAAACCAGAUUGUAAUUGGUUUAGGUCGUGGAGACCAAAGCUUUUGAGAACAUGUUGAGUAUUGCAGAUUUAAAUGAAUUAGAGCUGUGAAUUGCAUGCAGAGCUUCUUUUAUACAAAUAUCAUCUAUCUAAUUACCAUCUAUGUAGAGCACAAACACAUCAUAUUGAAGACAUGUUCGGUGUGUCAGACACCGAUACGACAUUGCCACACAUGGUUACACUUAACCACCUCUAUAGCUAAGUUGAUGAGCCUAAUGCAUUUUGUUGAGUUGUAAAUUUGAAAUUAUUCUAUUUAUGCACCUUGCAAUAUCAGUCCUUACAUAUAUAGAGAUCCCUAAUAUUUUGUGAGGUCUUGCAUCAAAUGUACAAAGAUUAUUAUGAUUAUCGAAUGUAGUACUCAUUUUGUGGAAGAAACUAUUCUGAGUUUUUCUCUA